CUAAAUCACCAGAAAACCUUCCUACAAACCCUUUUAGGAGACCAUCUGACCACUCAAUAUAUUGGGGGCCACGCUGUACUUCAAGCAUAUUCUUCUACUUCCAUCACUGUUCCAGAGCACUACCCCGCGGGCGUGUGUCUCAUACUACGGAAAAAGUACAGGCCGUUUUGACCUCGUCGCACAAAAAACUAUUCCCACCACACAAUAGUACCAAAUUUCACAAUGGCCAAGACAGCAAAGCUGAAGAAGCGCCAAGCUACCGUUCACUCACGGGCCGCCCGACGUGCCGCCUCUCCAUCAAUCGAUCUUGACAAGUCGCUCAAGCCUACACCUUCCGAAGCAAAAGCUCCACCUAAUGUCGACCCCAAACCCCAUGUAUUAGCUGCGCAGUCGAGCGGUGUUACCAAGAGAUCGCAGUCGAAGCAACUUAAGCGACAACAGAAUUUGCGACGUUUGAAAGGAAUGGAGCGAGCGGAUAAUAAUGUAGAGAAGUUGGCUCUAAAGAGACAAAAGAGUCUGGGACGAGAGAAGGUCAUCAGAGAGCGAGCGAAAGGCUGGGACGAGGUGAAUGGCGAGAAAGUGAAGGCAAAAAGUAAAAAUGCCUUCAAUGCUCUCGCUGAAGAGGAGGAUGACGAACCAAGCACGGAACGAAAAGUCUGGGGAGACGAAGAAAUGGCAAAUGCGGAAGAAGAUACUGCGGUGGUCGCUGAUAUCUCUGGAGAAGUGAAGCAGGUGACCGAGGUGGAGGACGAGAUCUUGUAAAUUGAGGUGUGAGAUGUCUGUCAAGAAUCAAGUCAGAAGUGUUGCUGGAUUACGAAUCACGAUCACAAUUAUUAGGUGGCGAUCAAAAGGAGGAUACAAGAUCAAACGACGGAUUUGGCGUACGGUCUAUAGAACGCCUAUGCAGUAUUUUUUCAUAGAUACCCGGUAUGUAAAAUGACCCCUAAUAUGCCCUUGAAA